GGCACAGUGAAACGUUCGCUAUGAUGAAAAAGUGGGCUCCAUAUUGUUUUCUUAUCUUUAUUGGCUUAUCAAAUGCUCAACGGCAUCAACAGGACUCCGAAGACGGGCAAUAUCACCCAGAUGAUGAAGGUCAAUACAUAGAAGAUAAUUCAGGGCAAUACGUUCCUGAUUAUAGUGGUUCAUACUAUGAUGACGGUACAGGGAGGUAUGCUGGAGAUAACAGUGGACAAUAUAAGGGUCUAGAUGAUAAGUACAGACAUCAAAACCAGUUUAGUAAUAAAGGAAAUUAUGCUUCGGCUACGUCAGUGAAAAACCAAUUCGUCCAACCUAAGAUUCAAAAAGUUCGACCAACUGUAAAUGCUUUACCUACGGUACCAGUAAAAUUUGGAAAAUACGAUGAUAAUAGGUGGAAAAUCAUAAAGCUGUUCAGUGAUGUUAAUAAGGACGGUUUUAAUUGGGAGUAUGAAACAGAAAACGAAAUAAGUGGGAAAGAAAAUGCAAAAAUCUUCAACCUUGGUACCAAAGAUGAAGCUUUAAGGACGAAAGGAUUUUACCAGUAUACAGGAGCCGAUAACAAAGUGUACAACGUAGAGUAUACAGCAGAUGAAAACGGUUUUAUACCUAGAGGAAACCAUCUUCAUCCGAUUUUGCAAAAAGCUAUACUUGAAAAUUUAAAGAGAAAAAACAGAAAAUAAAUACUUCUACUACUACCACCAAAUUUUGAACAAAGAUGUAUAUUCACUGCCAAAAAUAAUAUUAUUUUUUUAAUAAAGUUGUAAAUGAUACUACUUUCCUGUGACUUAAAGAAGAAUUAAAUAAUUUAUUUUAGUUUUUAAUAUAAAAUUAGGUAUAUUUUUGAUAUCAAAAAAUAUUUGAUAGUGCAUUAUGUUUUUAUAAUUGCUUUUACGUUAAUGAAAUAUAUAUUUUUACACAAAAUUUCGUUUUCAUAAAAGUUUAUAAUAAUUACCAAAUUUAUAUAAGAGGUAACCUCUUAAUAAAAAAAAAAGAAUCAUUGAAAUCAGACGUGUUAAAUAAUUAUCGCUGAACAUACAUAAAAAAAAUAUUCCGACGAAUUGAGUACCUCCUUUUUUUUUGAAGUUUUAAAAAUUGAACCAUCUAUUUAUAGGUAAUUUUUUUUAAUAUGUGAAAAUGUGUAUAUUUUAUACUUACUUUUUUUGGGUUAGAAUUGGUGUCAGGAUAAUUACACUUGUCCCAUAUUACUUACUUAUUUUUCUUUAUUGUAGAUUUAUAAAUAUUUACAAAGUCUGACUGGACAUGAAGUUUUAAUUAAAUAUUGUAAUAUUAUUUAAAAUUGACUUGAUUUAUUGUAAAUUUUGGCAUGGGACUGUAUUAAAUUUUAAUUGAAUUGUACUUAUCCCACGGAAUAUU